AUGUCCUCCUCCACCGCCACUGCCAAGGCCGUCCCCGGCCGCUGCGCCUCCGUCUACAGCGAGGUCCAGACCAGCCGUCUCGACGUUCUGCUUCCCCUCCCCUCCGUCCUCAAAGGCCCCUUCUCCGUCGUCGACGGCCCUAAAAGCUCCGCUACCGGAAAUCCAGAUGAGAUUGCCAAGUUGUUCCCUAACCUAUUCGGGCAGCCCUCGGCGUCGCUAAAGGCCGGUGACGCCUCGUCGGCUCUAUCAAAGGAUAAGAGUCUGAAGAUCGGAGUUGUUCUCUCCGGUGGACAAGCACCCGGUGGACACAAUGUGAUUUCUGGCAUUUUCGAUUAUUUGCAGCAGCGUACUACUGGAAGCAUAAUGUAUGGAUUUAGGGGUGGUCCGGCUGGAGUGAUGAAGGGAAAGUAUGUCGAAUUGUCGACAGAAUAUGUCUAUCCAUAUAGAAAUCAGGGUGGCUUUGACAUGAUUGCUAGUGGCAGAGACAAGAUUGAAACUCCUGAACAGUUUCAGCAAGCUGCAGAUACGGCGAGUAAGCUUGAUUUAGAUGGGCUUGUGGUCAUUGGCGGGGAUGACUCAAAUACUAAUGCUUGUCUUCUUGCUGAGAACUUCAGGGGUAGAAAUUUGAAGACACGGGUUAUUGGAUGUCCAAAAACCAUUGAUGGUGAUCUGAAAUGCAAAGAGGUGCCUACAAGUUUUGGAUUCGACACAGCAUGCAGGAUAUAUUCGGAAAUGAUCGGUAACCUGAUGACAGAUGCUCGUUCAACUGGGAAGUACUAUCAUUUUGUAAGGCUUAUGGGGCGUGCAGCUUCUCAUAUAACAUUGGAGUGUGCUCUGGAGACUCACCCAAACAUUACGAUUAUUGGGGAGGAGGUUGCUGCCAAGAAGCAGACUCUUAAGAAUGUCACAGACUAUAUAACAGAUAUAGUCUGCAAACGUGCAGAACAGGGUUAUAACUAUGGUCUUGUACUUAUACCAGAAGGCCUGAUUGAUUUCAUUCCCGAGGUACAGCAACUAAUUGCAGAGCUUAAUGAAAUCUUAGCUCAUGGUGCUGUUGAUGAAGCAGGGGAGUGGAAAAAGAAACUUCAGCCUCAAUCUCAUAAACUUUUUGAGUUUCUACCUCAAGCAAUUCAAGAGCAACUAUUGCUUGAAAGAGAUCCACAUGGAAAUGUGCAGGUUGCCAAAAUAGAGACAGAAAAAAUGCUCGUUCAAAUGGUAGACACUGAAUUGGCCAAACGGAAGGAGGAGGGUAAAUAUAAGCGGAACUUCUCAGGACAGUGCCAUUUCUUUGGUUAUGAAGGUAGAUGCGGUUUGCCUACAAACUUUGAUGCAAACUACUGCUAUGCAUUGGGUUAUGGUGCUGGAGCUCUCCUUCAUUCUGGAAAGACCGGGUUGAUUUCCUCUGUGGGAAAUUUGGGCGCUCCAGUUGAACAAUGGACAGUUGGUGGAACUGCAUUGACUUCUUUAAUGGAUGUGGAGCGCAGACAUGGGAAGUUCAAGCCUGUGAUUAAGAAGGCAAUGGUAGAACUUGAAGGUGCACCAUUCAAAAAGUUUGCAUCUUUGCGGGAUGAGUGGGCUCUUAAGAAUCACUAUGUUAACCCAGGUCCCAUUCAAUUCCUUGGACCAAGAUCAACCGCUAUCAACAACACUCUGCUGUUGGAACUUGGAGCAUAA